CAGAUAGACUGCCAGUGCUCGGCAAGACGGACUGGCAGCCUAACUCCAAAGCUUCAUCGACGACGCGGUUGUAGUAGCCCGCGAGCGCACCAGGACGACAGAGCAGAACAGUGAGACCAACCAGGGCAGGUUCAUUACCUCCGCGUGACAAACUACCGCACCACGAUGGGCCGUGUGGGUGUGCUGCGGCAGUAUAUGGCCACCGUUUUAGUGAAUCUACUCGGUGUUAGCUAUGGAAUGAUCAGUGGCUGGUCCUCGUCCGCUCUGCCCACGCUGCAGACAUCCGCCGGUGAUGAGAGGCUGCUGGAGUCGGGAGCCAUUACGCUGCAGCAAGCGUCCUGGAUCGGUGGCGCCCUCUGUCUGGGUGGGAUUGUCGGUACGCUCGUCGGUGGUGCGAUUGUGGACCGGCUCGGACGCAAGUGGACGGCUUGGAUAGCGGGACUGCCGUUGGUCGUGUGCUGGGUGCUGGUCAUCAUGGCCAAUCAUCCCGGCUAUCUGAUGGGAGCUCGCUUUCUCGGUGGGCUGGCGGGUGGUAUUGAGUUUGUCGUAACCCCACUCUACGUGUCCGAAAUAGCCUGCACAAGUCACCGAGGUACGCUGUCCUCGUUGCUCAUCCUGUCGUGUUGUUUGGGCGUGGAGUUUGCAUAUCUUGCCGGUGCACUGCUGCAUUAUUACACCAUCCCGUGGGUCUCCGUCAGCGUUCCAGUGUUUUUUCUCGCAACCUUCUGUUUCCUGCCCGAAACUCCGUCCCAUUUAGCCAAGGUGCAAAAGCUUGCGGCUGCCGAACGCUCAUUGCGCUUCUUCCGUGGCAUCCGGUCGGAAAAGGACACUAUCGGGGAGGAUGAGUACGUCCGUGAGCUUCAGCUGCUACAGAGCGUACACGCCAAGGACGCAACCGUGCUAUCGUGGAGCGAUUUCAGUUAAAAUUCCCAAUAUCCUUUUCUGUGCCUUUUUUCACCAAAACGGAUAUUAAAACGGGCGGGGUUUUCUUUCCCUUUUUGCAUUCAUUUUCUAGCGAGCCGCCAUGCACAGCUUGG